AGUUUGAAAAUUCCGCGGCCGGUUCCGCGCAUUCGCGAUGAUCCAAUCGGAAACGACCCGAGCGGCCCAGGUGAAGGGCCGAUUUUUGCGCGAGUACUCGAUCAAGGUGGUGGACGAGUGGUUGACCGGGUGCGUUACGUUUGGCCUGCAGGAAAAUCCCAAGAUUUCGAACGAUGCUCUGUUCCAGUUUGCGUACGACCAGUGGCUGCUGGCGGAUCUGUGCGAGGUGGGAGUUUCGACGCUGCCGGAGGUCGGGGGCGAGGGUGGUGGGUUUGUGACGUUGGGUGGGAAGUACGCGGUGCAGUUGAACUACUUGGUGGACAUUUCGGAACCGUGCUACGAUCAGUUGAGGAAGUUGUACAAUAAGAAGCUGGACGAGGCGGACGACGAGAUUCAGAUGAGGAAGAACCAGGCUCAGCACGUGAAGAAGAAACGGAUGUUGAAGCUGGAAUUGAGUGAUGGGCGGAAGACCGUUGUUGGGAUGGAGCACAGUCCGAUAGCGGCGUUGAGUACGAAGAUUCCGCCGGGGACGAAGAUGCUGUUGAUGGGACCGAUACGAUGUAUUAAUAAGGUGUUGUUUUUGGAACCGAAGAAUGUUAGGGUUUUGGGUGGUGAGGUGGACACGCUGCUGAUUACGAAUGCCUUUGAGAAUGUUCUGCUUAGGGCGCUUGGGAAAGAGUUGAAUCCGGAUCCGAAGACCGAGUACGAGGAGGUGGUCGUCGUGGAGAAGAACCGCAAUGCUGGCUACGCAAACAUUCCGACGGUACCGAUGGUGUACUCGUCUCCUACCAAGAUAAAAACUAGUAGCAGCCGGCAGGGUAACGACGAUUGGGAGGACGACAUGCUGCUCGGCAUCAACCUGGAAGCGAUUGAGGGAAGUGCUGGGCAAAAGGCCAAACCGCCCGAGCAGGUCCACACCAUCAGCACGCUGAUGGACGACGACGAUGCCGACUUGGAGAUCAUCAACCUUCCCGAGGAAGAGAUCAUGAAUCACCAGGUCUCGUCGACGAAAACUUCGCAACCUUCUCCAAAAGCACCUCCCAAGCGAGCGCCACCAGUCCGACUGCCGUCCUUUGACGGUCCCGACGACGACAUCGACGCGUUGGAAGCACUCGAGAGCGAAAUCCGAGCAGAGCAGCGCAACAACUACGAGGAACCUCCCCCAACGCCGUCAACUGCCUCACAGCUAGCGAAACGACCUCGAAUUGCUUCCCCAGCGGUGGUCUCGAGCCAACAACCGUCGACGAGCAGCAAAAACUUUGACGACAAGUGCACCGUUUCGGCGCUGUUCGACGACGACGACGACAGUCUGGAAGCGUUCGAACUCCGGGCCAAAUCCCCCGCUGUGGAAAGUGACGACCUGCUCUCACCCCGCUAUCGGUUUCAAAUCGAGGGAUACAGUCUCGUUACGGUGAACCAGAUCAACCAACUGCCGGACGCGGAUCGCACCGAUCGAACGUUUGUCGUGUUUGGCGAGGUGAUGGACGUGUUUGAGCGGGUUCGAGUGAGCGGAGGGCAGUGGAAGUUGGGCGUGCAGAUUUCGGACAGGUCGGAGCGAAUGCUGUCGGUGAGGUUCCACACGGACGUGAUUGCCGGGAUGGUUGGGCACGAUGGGGCCGCGAUGGAGACGAUGAAGCGGGACAGGAGCGAGGAAGGGUUGAAGCGGUUGCAGGAGAUUCUGAUCCGGUUCAAAAACAACCUCUGCGAGCUUCGCUCGUUCAUGCGCGUCCAGUACGAUCGCAGCGGUGACAUCCCGUUCGUAACGGAACUGUACGAGUACACCGCCCCCCGGCAAGCCACCCUGAAGGCAAAGGUCGCACGCGAAAGGUCAACCGCCCACCUGCUGGAGGUUUUACCUCCGGACUGUGAUAUCGUCAAAAGGUAAGUCAAACGCUCGUUUGUUUUUA